ACCGUACCGCCCGUCCCAACCACAGUGCAGCAGACGAGACAGCCUCAACGCGGCGUCUCGGGGAAGAGUCUCAAAGGGGGAAAGGAGAAAUCCAAAACUAGUCAAAAACAUAUGAGGAUUAUUGGGGGGAUAUUAUUUUGCGGUCAUGUUAUGGACUUCGUUUAAAAACAGCGUGCUGGUGGAUUCUAGAUUCGAAGUUCUCAUCCGUGUUGCUGUGGGGAAGCGUUAACGGUGGGAAGAAGGAACUUUGCGAGGCCCGAUACCGCUUCAUUCGGGCGGACAAAAAAAACGGCGCAAUUAUUCUGAGACUUCCAGAGACUCUGGCCCUGCGCUUUUGGGGGAAAGAAAAAAAAAACUGAAGUGAACGUCCUCGCCCGUAUCACCAGGGAAUGUGUGGUCUGGGAGUCUUUUCGUAUCACGGAAAUUAUGUUUCACCACUAAUGUUCCUGUCGGUUUAUUUUUGACAAUGGAGAGCAAAUGAGAGCGGUAUUUUCGCUGGAAUAAGCUGCACACCAAACAGAAUGCGGGACAGGGAGCUACAGAACGCCUGCAAAUGGGGUCUACUGUUCACCCUCUGCCUGGCAUCGCUAUGGGGACGACUGACCCUGGCAGCGUCGCACAGGAGCCACAUAGUGCACGUGAAAGCGGGGACGUGUGAAGUCAUCGCCGCCCAUCGCUGCUGCAACAAGAACAAGAUCGAGGAGCGCUCGCAGACCGUCAAGUGCUCCUGCUUCCCCGGCCAGGUCGCCGGGACAACAAGAGCCGCCCCUUCCUGUGUGGACGCUCUGAUAGUGGCUCAGAAGUGGUGGUGUCAGAUGAUGCCCUGCAUGGACGGGGAGGAGUGCAAGGUCCUGCCCGACCGCAAGGGCUGGAGCUGCAGCACGGGCAACAAAGUCAAGACCACCAAGGUCACGCGAUAGUCGCCCUUCACGGGCGCGGCUGCCGCCAGGACUCCGGUUUGUACGCGGCCCUCGUCAGAAGACUCCACGCUCAUUUCGCUUGCAGUAGAUAUUCGGAGGGGGUGGGGGCAGGAGGUGGCGUGGUCCACUGGACCGGGCCUCGCGAAGGAAAGACUCAAAAGACCAAUGCCCUCUUAUAUGGGCGCCGGGACCUGUAAACAUGUACUUAUGAACCCCCGAGGAUUACAGUACCCCGUGUCCGCCUCGCCCCCUCCCUCCCCCAUCGACGACGUCAUACAGAGCCCUGGGAUGACCUGCUUUUAAGGGGGACCCUUCAGUCCGUGACGAACCCCCCGGGAUUAUAAACGACGACAGCUGAAGAGAAAAACACACACCUCAUAGCAUAAAAAAAAAAAAACGUAUUUCUUUUUUACUAAUGCCAAGUAGAGUGGUUCCAUGCGUAUUUAUUUCCUCCAUCUAACUCAUAAAUGCUUACAAGUACAUCCACUUUCUAUUAUCUGCUGCAGACGUUUUAUUUGAACUGGAUUUUUCUUCUUCUGAAAACGACGAUGUUUGCUUUCACUUCGGGGAUGAGGUUGGGACUUGACCUCUGACAUUGGUCUUGAUUUUUAUGAAAAGGACGAAUGUUUUCAGGCGAAAUGCCAAAAAAAAAAAAAAACUACAUUGUAAAAGUUGUGGUACGAUAUGUUGAAACUUAGUGUAAAGAGAUUUUUCAUCGACUCAAUCUGAAUGAAACCUGGAGCUUCUGCAGUUUUAAUAUCUGUUUUUAAAAGCUCAGUGACCACUUUUCAGUAAAUGUGUGAGUAUUGUCGCAAAUAAAGUUAUUUCAAAAGAAA